AUGGAAAAUUUCAAGAUGAAUUUAUUGGAGCACGUUAUCAGAAAACAGCUGCAGGCGACACAAUUAGUUGUUGGCUUAUCCUCAUCGGCAUUCUUCCUCUGCCUUUGUCCCGAGUUUCUUGGUGCAUUGAUGAGCUUCUUCACGGUGGCAAAAACGCCCGAAGAAUUGGAGAAAGAAGCGGAUGUUGUCAAUAUUCCGAAUAUUACACAAAGUAAACGGCCUGUGGAAGCCCCAGCGCCUGCAGUGAAUUGUUUGAUGCGUGAAGUGGAAAUUAUUUUGAUCGAAGAUGCAAUGAAUCCGGAAGAUUCGCAGGCACUGAUACUUUCAUUCAACAUCGAUCUCAAAGCAAAGCCGGACAACGAAAAACAAGUGAUUGCUGGUGGGGUUAAAAACCUGCAGAUUGUUAGCGCUUAUUACCUGGAAUCAAAGCGCGAUCAAACACCAUAUCAGGUACUGAAACGGACAAAUCUCGAAAUUGAGCUAACAACUGAUAAGAAGACGAAAUCAGAACAUUUUUUGGUCAGUAUUGGUGAAAUAUAUGUGAAAAUCUCACCAGCUAUCAUACGUUUGCUAAGCGCUGUUGCUUCAAGUUACUCAGCGGCAAGCACUGUACAGGACAACGAAAAACAAGUGAUUGCUGGCGGGGUUAAAAACCUGCAGAUUGUUAGCGCUUAUUACCUGGAAUCAAAGCGCGAUCAAACACCAUAUCAGGUGCUGAAACGGACAAAUCUCGAAAUUGAGCUAACAACUGACAAGAAGACGAAAUCAGAGCAUUUUUUGGUCAGUAUUGGUGAAAUAUAUGUGAAAAUCUCACCAGCUAUCAUACGUUUGCUAAGCGCUGUUGCUUCAAGUUACUCAGCGGCAAGCACUGUACAGGAUGGUUCAUCAACUGCACGGAAGGCGAUACUUAAAAAAUAUCCAAAUUAUUGGCAAAAACGUAAAAUUAACAAAAGCAAGCAUUGGUGGUUCAAUGUACCAGAAGAGGAGCAAGAGGAUUUUGAGCCUGCUCUGGAUGUUGUUGCUGCUAUCGAUCACGAGCAACAAGGGACGGUAAAAAUGGACACGCUUAUUGUUACUCUGGAAGCUGGUGUUGGUGACAGGACCGUACCAAUGGUUCUUCUGGAAUGUGCAGCGAAUAUUGUUGCAUCACAAUGGAGUGCACUUUUGGCUGUUGAUGCCGAUCUUCGAUUACAGGUACUCGCGUUUUUUUUUUUUGGAAGGAGAGGGUACAUUUUACUUGUAUUUUUCGGUUCAAAAAAUCUUUUGCGAAGCUCUUAUUCACAUUUCUCAGUUCUGUUUAUGCUUUUAUCGACAAAAGUCGCGGUGACGUGUUUGAACUUCCACUACUACGUUAUCACAGUUUGGCGUAGCACUACGUUCUUUUCACGUCAUUGCCUAAAAUUUCUGGAAAAAUUUUUAAUUUUUAGUCUGGCUGCAGUCUAA